GACCGGACACUAACGACAACAGCACCCCCGUGGUAAAUAAUCGCCCACUGACUCCCCGGGAAAUCUAUCAAAAUGCCUUCCAACAGACUCACCUACAGGCGUCGCGCGCCGUACAACACCAAGAGCCAGAAGGUUCGCGUUAUCAAGACCCCCGGUGGCGAGCUCCGUUACCUCCACAUCAAGAAGAAGGGCACUGCCCCCAAGUGCGGUGACUGCGGUACCAAGCUCGCCGGUAUCCCUGCUCUCCGACCCCGCGAAUAUGCCACCGUCUCCCGCCCCAAGAAGACCGUCCAGCGUGCGUACGGUGGAUCGCGAUGCGCCAACUGCGUCCAGGACCGUAUCGUCCGCGCUUUCCUGAUCGAGGAGCAGAAGGUUGUCAAGAAGGUCCUCAAGGAGUCCCAACAGAAGAAGCGUUAAGCAGUUGCGGUUAGAGGGGUCUCAAGGCUUUAGCAUGUCAAAACUGGGGCUAUCGGUGUUCAUGUGCAUUACGGGCAGUCUCCUGGUUCGGUCGGCUUUUACGAUAUCAAGGCGAUUUCUGCAUCACGCCGUCGUUCACAGGCGGUAAUAGCUGAGUAGGAUCACGAAUACAUCCACAAGCUAUAAUCGACCAUUUUUCGAUUGU